AGUUCGGUCUUUAGCUUCAGAGCGACGGUCGAUAUUUCUUUGAAUUGGAGCCGUUAGGUUACGAAGUUAUAUUUAAUUCAAUAUACUAAAUUUCAGUUUUAAUAUUCAGUAAUAUCCAAUAUUCUAAUAAUUAUAAUUACAAAGAGAAUAAAAUGGAAUCUGAAAAUGAUAUUUUAGCAACACCAUCGAUACCUUCUGGAAAUAUUACAAUGCCUACUAAAAAGGCAAAAUCGAAAAGACCGAAAAAAUGUGAAUAUGAUAACCAAAACAUUUCAAUGAAAAGAAGUUUUAGUAAAUUUGACGAUCUACAAAAACGCAAUCUUAUUCACGUACGUUCACGAGAUUCUAGUAAAGCAAAAGAAAUUUUUCGUAAUCCAGGUAAAGAGCAGCGGGAAAACUGUCGACAGUGCAGUAAACCUGUAUACAAAAUGGAAGAAACCAUCCUUCAAUUUAAAAACGAAAAAGUUAUUUUCCAUAAAAUCUGCUUACGUUGCAGGGACUGUUCGAAACAACUAAAACCUGAGAGCUAUCAUGUUUAUAAUGGCAACCUCUACUGCACCGUGCACUUCAAGUUAAUCUUUGCGCCUAAAAUAGUUCAUGAAGAAUCUAAGCCACGCAAACCUGAGCUUAUAAUACGUGAGAAUCAACCAAUUGAAUUACCCCCUGAUGUCGCUCGAGCAUCCGAUAAGCCGAAUCUUGGACUUGAGGAACUUCAACAACUAAAUGUCCGCUCAAGAUUUCAAGUCUUUGAAAAUAGAGGUAAAACUGAUAAGGAGGAUGACCAUAUUCAAACGCAACAACGUCAAGAUGCAAACAUUUCGAAAAGUAUGUCCAUAUCAACCAAACUAUCUAAACUGCAUAAAAAUGGCCUACUGGACACUGGUGAAAACAAGAUCCUAGAUUCAGAUGAUGAUGAUGACAGCGACACGGCCCUAAUGCGUGUUAAAAAAGAUACCGAAAAAGAGAGGCCAGUCGGAUUGGGCGAUGCGAUGAACGAUAUUAAAACCAGAUUUGAGCAAGGUCAUAUGAUGUCAAAAGAAGAACGACGCGAAGAACGAAAACAGGAAAUUCAAAACAUUCGUUCUCGGUUAUUUAUGGGUAAACAGGCAAAGAUAAAGGAAAUGUACCAACAAGCUGUAGCUGAAUCAGAACAAGGAAUCACUUCAGUGGGUAAGAUACCGAAUUCGGAAAUCGGUGUAGCAGCUCGUUCAAUUAAAGAUCGAUUUGAGAACGGUGAAAUGUUUAGUGAAAACAGUAUUCAAUCGAAAGAAAGGACCCACAGUUUGGGAUUGCUAGAAGAUGCAGAUGUUUUCGAGUCUGCUAUUAGUAAAACAUCGCGUAGCAUCUUCAUGGAACUAGAUGCAAAUAUCAAUACGAAUGUCAAUGGAAUGAUUAAAAUUCAGAAUAAUAGACCAGAUAUCUAUACAAAAAUUCUGAUCAACCCUAAUCUUAAUGUUGAACAAGAGAACGCUGAUAUAGAUAUUAUUAGAUCCGACGCAAAGGAAGAAGACGUUAAAGUAACUACAGCUGAGUUAAGUGAAAGGUUUAACUUUUUCGAAAAAUUUCAACCCAUCGAGAAUGUAAAGCGUCAGUUUCGCAUGACGCCACCACGUGAAGGGGUUGUCAAAUUACCAAUGUCGGACUCAGACGCUGAGUUGUCAGAUACAAAGAAAACUACAUGUUUUAACGACACCGUUCUGCAAAAAACUCAAACCGCUUCAAACAUUUUAAACAAGUUUCGACAAUUAGAGGGAAAAAACACUGAUGAUAUCGAUAAGCCGAGGAAACCCAAUCCACUUAAAUGCUUCACUCCGCCACCCGAAAAUAUUUAUAAUUCUGAUAGAUCUGAAAGCGAAGAGGAGCAGGACAGUGAAGACGAUGAAAGUGACUUUGAAAAAGAUACUCCAACAUCAAGCUGCAGUGACCAGGCACUCAAAGAGGCGCAAAUCGCAGCUCGAGCUAAAAAAUUGCGCGCAAAAUUUGAAAAAUGGCAGAUCACCGAAAUGGAACGUGAGCUCAGUGAAGGGCGAAUAGACAUUAAUUCUCAACAGGUUUCGAAUGAUUCACUAGAAAGUGCAAAAACUAUUCGAGAACGCUUUGAAAAUAUGAACAACAGUGAAAUGUAUCCUCUCCCUACCCCACGGUAUCAAGUAAACCGUUUUGUGUAAUGGAGUUUUGGAACAAUUGAAAUUUACUAUUUCGCUGUUAAUCAAAAAUUUUCCUUGCGGAUUCAAAUUCACAGAAAUAGUGGUGUAUUUUCUUAUAUUCGACGUAUUUAAGGAAUUAAUAAUUAUUAUUUUUUAAAUGUCAAAUAAAACAAUAUGAUGUAUAUUUACUUCA